AUGAAGACAUGGUCGCUAUUUCUCCUGAUCACUCUGGUGAAUGCUGAGGUGCUGAGAAAGGAGAUGUGUAUGGGGGGACAUCCUGGAAUUCCAGGAAACCCUGGUCAUAAUGGCAUACCUGGAAGGGAUGGAAGAGAUGGCUCUGUGGGUGAAAAAGGAGAUACAGGUGAAAUUGGGAAAGUUGGACCUCCAGGCCCUGAGGGAUCAAAAGGCGAACCCGGAGAACCAGGUCUGUUGGGUGCACCUGGCAUAAAAGGAAGAAGAGGUGAACAAGGAAGUAAAGGGACACCUGGAAAACUGGGACCGAAAGGAAUUCCUGGACCGCUGGGACACAAAGGCCAAAAGGGAGAAAUAGGGUUGCAAGGACGACAGGGAGUAAAAGGGGAUUUAGGACCCAGAGGUCCAAAAGGGGACAAGGGAACUGUUGGACUUCAGGGGAAUAUUGGUUUACCAGGUCCCAUAGGGCCUACUGGCAUAAGAGGUCCCAAAGGAGAAGUAGGUGGCGAAGGCCUCAGGGGACGUCCUGGAAUUCAAGGUGAAAGAGGAAGUAAAGGAGAAAUAGGGGAGAAAGGGAAGACUGGCGAGAAUGCAUUGAUAAGGAAUAGUGCAUUUAGUGUUGGCUUGACAGGAUUGUCGAAGUGGCCUCGUUCAGGCAGUCCAGUCAAGUUUGAAAAAAUCUUAUAUAACAACCAAAAUCACUAUAACCUCUCCACAGGGAAAUUUACAUGUGAAUUUUCUGGGGUUUAUUAUUUUGUUUAUCAUAUCACUGUCUACGUCAAACAUGUAAGAGUUUCCCUGUACAAGAAUGGUGCUCAGAUUCUCAAUACAUUUGAUAGUUAUCAAAAUAGUGAGGAUCAGGCUUCGGGAGGCACACUAGUGCAAUUACAAACUGGAGAUCAAGUGUGGCUUCAAGUAAUCGGUGGGGAUUCUUAUAAUGGACUGUUUGCAGACAACAAUGAUGAUACAGUUUUUACUGGGUUUCUUUUGUUUACUGAAUGA